AUGAUCCCUAUGAUCCCUAAGAUCCCUAUGAUCCCUAAGAUCCCUAAGAUGGUCCUCCCCACCCACUACCCAGGGUCGCUCCCACCCACUACCCAGCAUCGCUCCCCGCCCACUACCCAGCAUCGCUCCCCCGCCCACUACCCAGGGCACGCUCCCACCCACUACCCAGGGUGGCUCCUCCCCCACUACCCAGGCGUGGCUCCACCCACUACCCAGCGUGGCUCCCCGCCCACUACCCAGCGUCGCUCCGCCCACUACCCAGCGUCGCUCCGCCCACUACCCAGCGUCGCUCCCCGCCCACUACCCAGCGUGGCUCCGCCCACUCACCCAGCGUCGCUCCCGCCCACUACCCAGGCGUCGCUCCCGCCUACUGCCCAGCGUCGCUCACGCCCUGCCAGGCGUCGCUCCCCGCCCACUGCCACGUCGCUCACCACCCACUACACCCAGCGUCUCCGCCCACUACCCCAGCGCUCCCGCCCACUACCCAGCGUCGCUCCGCCCACUACCCAGCGUCGCUCACCCCACUACCCAGGCGUCGCUCCGCCCACUACCCAGCGUCGCUCCGCCCACUACCCAGCUCCGCCCACUACCCAGCUGCCUCGCCCACUACCCAGGCGUGGCCUCGCCCACUACCCAGCGCUCCCGCCCACUACCCAGGCGUCGCUCCCCGCCCACUACCCCGCGCGCCACCACCCACUACCCAGCCUCGCUCCGGCCAUUGAUCCUCCCUCUCCUGUGCUCUUG